AUGAAACCACUCAUCUCCCGGGACGCUGGCAAUGAGUUCGACGGCUCUGACUUUAGCAACAACCUGUUUUCCGACCUGGCGCCAUUGCUUACGCUCUUUGGAGAACAGGUGACCAAGCAAUUUCUUUCUCAGUCGAUGGGAUAUGGGGACGAUAUCCUCCUGGCAAUGGUGCCGCUUGGUAUAAUCACCUGCAUUGUCAGUGCGAUCCGGGUCGGAGGGAGGCGGUGGCUAAAGGCGCUUAUUGGCCGCGCACGUGAGAGCAGGGCAGUUGCCGAGAUGGAGCUCAUGUCAAGCACGAGUGAUGCUGUGUGUGAGUUGUGGAGUGGGGUUGAGAUAGGUCAGGAUUUCCCGCUUGCCAUCACGCACACUAAUCAGGGAGCAGUUCGAGAAAGAGGUAGGCCGAGGACAAAGGAAUUCAUCUACAGCCCUGUCACGGAGAAGACCGAUCUGACUGAGCUGCUCAGCUCCAAAGUCGUUUACGAUUUGCGGACUGCCUCUCUGGCCGCAGGGCCUGUCGGUGAAAGCCCGGUAUCUGACAUUGAACAUGCGACUCGACUGCUGCAGCAGGCACCUAACCUCACUCUGAAUGUUUCCACGGCAAUGGCUCCACCUGCUGUCACUUGGGCAUUUACCUUUGUUAGCAUGGGGCUUCAGCUCGGCGUGUUUGCAAUUGCCUCGGCGGUCACCUAUCACUGGCAGCUCGGCGGUGGAUCGUCCCCGGGUGUUGUGGGGUAUGGGUUUCCCUUGUUCAUGAUUGACAUCAUUGAGUCUAUAACGGAGGAAAUAGAUUUUGUGCCAGUUUCCCCCACCAGAAAUACCAGGGUGCUCCGCAUACAAGGCGCCUGUACAGUUGGGGACCAGCGCUUCGGCUCCUAUGCAAUCAGGAACGAAGAGGGAAACAUGACAAUUCGUACCUCCAGAAUUAAUGGCAACCCUGACUUUAGCCUGCUUUCCAUGACCGCGACAUUCCUGUCUCUUUUAGGGUAUGUCAUGCAGUUUGUUGGUUUAAGGGCAAUGCACUGGAGUGUCGCAGUCACCGUCCUUGGGGCAACAUUAAUCAUGGCCGGCAUCAGAGCGUAUGUUCGUCGCAGCAUUGCGGCGAAUCCGCAGGUGGUAGGGCUCGAGGAAGGCGGAGAGCUCUCAUGGCUCGCUAUGGAGGCUCUAGGCCUUGAGUUAUUUGCACUGGGUAUUCCCGCGUCUGAGGAGCGCACUGAGGCAGGAGACACAGCAACGCCGACGUCGAUAAAUGACCCGGAUGGAGACGCAGUAACAGCACCACCACGAGCUCUCUCCCUGUCGCCGCAGAUCGCGGCCUCGAUCCUAGCCCGGAAAGCAGUCGAAGUCCGCCAAGAGUUGACGAAUCUAGCUUCCUGGCAGGAUGAGCAUACAGUUCUCGCGCAUCAGCUCGCGGAAGCCAUCGCGGGCACACUGGAGUAUGUUCUGGGUGAAAAUGCAUUCGAGGUAGAUCCUACGACGACUCAUAGCAAAGUUGGCGGCAGAGACACCAAACGGUGGCCACGAAGGGAUGAAGAAAUUGUGUCCGACCCCCUUGGCACAAUGAAUCCCUUCCAUGCCAUCUUGGAUUAUGUCGCGACUGAUUCCGAGCGUAUCAUCGAGGAGGAGCUACCGAAGGAAGAGGUUACCCAAUUGCCCGAGUUCGUCGUUCGGGAACUAUCGUCACGGAAGAGGGAAAGAAACAAUGACGAGGAUGCUUCAGCCUCUCCCUGUGAGCCUCCGGGGCAGGACCCCCCCCCCUGCAAUGGAUAA